AUUACGUGCACAUCUCUCUGGUUUUGAGCCUAUUUAUAUGCUGUAUCUGGACGAAGGUUGAAUACGAAGAAUUCAUAAUAUUUCUCGUAAUUCCGUUUAUCAUAUUGUUUGCUAAAUCAUCAUGGUAUCAGAGCCAUAAAGCUCAAGCAUGGCCGUAGGUGACGAAGAAGGUGCCGGCGAAGGUGCCGGUGAAGUUGCCGGCGAUCAGAACAAAGCUUGGUUGGAUUAUUCUUCACCAAUUUUUCUCGGUCCAGUACCUCAGGGAAACGACACUGAGCGAACUAAAUCUGAAGCAAAGGCUUACGCCAUGAUCAAUGAUGCCAAAGGAAGACACAAUGCUGCUUAUGGAGACAAAUUGGGGAAAGAAGAUGUUACACCGUUCCCUGGUUUCUCACUAGAACAGUGGCGGCCGUUAGGCUCUACAUUUGGUAACCCACAAAGCUUUAAUAUCCAAAUGACUGGUAAGUCGGGUCUUACUUCUUGGAUAAUAGACACCGGCGCUACGAAUCAUAUUUGUAGUGAUAAAAAAUAUUUAUUUGAUAUGAAACCAAUCCACUCGUGUUCGGUUGGCUUACCGGACGGACAAAAGGUCCUAGCAACGCAUGAAGGUUGUGUAAGAUUUUCGGAUGGUCUUUGUUUGAGACAUGUUCUUUUUGUGCCAAGGAUGAAUUGUAAUUUGAUCUCUGUGACUCAAUUAAGUGAUGAACUGGACUGUUUCGUUCAAUUCACUUCUAACUUGUGUGUUAUACAGGACCGAGCCUCAAGGAAGCUAAUUGGAAUGGGUGAGAGGAGGAAUGGACUAUAUUAUCUCUUGGAGACUGCGGCUAUACAAGUGUUGACAGUGACUGGAGAUACACAGUCUACUCUUGAUAAAUCAUAAAUGGCACAAACGCAUGGGACAUCCAUCCGGAAAAGUACUUCAUUAUAUGGAUCCAGUGCGUGAUUUAAAAGGACGCGCGGUGUACCCCUGAGCCGGGCCAUAUCUCUGCUGCCAGGAGGUUGAGAAGAGAUUGACUAUGAACAGUAACCGGGUUGGGUUGGACAGCCCGGGGAGGGUCAGAUACUUUCUGGCAUAUUUUGAUUUGUGUCGAGGUUGGUUGGAAUCACUGCAAAUUGGAACAAAGUAGUACUAAUUGGAAAUGUUUCGUAAAGAAAUUUAUGACUUGCAUGAUGAUAGAUUUGAUGGGUCACUCAAUGUGCAUCAAAUCUUUACAAAGGUGUUCUUUGAUAAUAGUGAAAGCAAAAGAAAGUGUAAUGUGACCGGAAAUAUCAAAUUUGAACGUGAUGAUGAAAAAGGAAACAUUGGGCAUGGGAAGUCUUACUGCUCAAAGGAAGCAAUCUCUCGAAGAAAAGUGCAUGAAAGGAAAGAGCUUUCUAACACCAGGCCUCAUUUAAGAAGUUCAUUAAACUCAUUGGGUUCCUUGGAUGCUGCUGUAGAAGUAACUUCUGAGAUUGUGACUCAUCAUGUAGUUGAAUCAUAUAACAAAGAGGUUAUUUGUGGUUGCUAUCUGCAGAAGUUGCAAAAUCAGCUGAAUAGAGAAAAUGAAAUCGCCGGAAAGGAUGCUUUAAUAUUGAAACCCUCUAAGUUCAAUGAAAAAGAUGUUGUUAGUAAAGACAUUGUCUCAUCCGUUUCUUUGAAGAAUCGUGCAACUGAGUCUCAUCAGGCCAACACUAUUCAUCUAGCCCAGUCGAAAGAUAAGGAUUCUUCCUUCACAGAACUGGAUGAAUCUGAAUUCUCAAGAAGUAAAGAAUCUCCAAAUGUGAAUAUUGAGUUUAGUGAAUCUUCUCUUAUUGCAGUUAGUGUUGUGUUAAAUGAAGAUCAAUCUAUACAUAAAAAAUGGUCUGAUCAACGUGUGGUACAUCAUGAUCCUAAAAAAAGGUCGCUGUCUUCAUUGGACAAUGACAAUCGGCAGUCUCCCAAACAUAGGAGACUAUUGAAGAAUGACAAAGACAAUUGCUUGCUUGAAGUUCCAGUCUAUUUAGGGAAUGAAACCUUAACCUUGUGGGGAAGAACAGAGGCAGUAAUCAAUAAUAGAAGUUCUGUUAACUUUGGAAAACGUUUAUAUCUGUGUCACGAGGAAGAAAGCAAAGAAGAAUUCAAAGAAGAAGCUCUGAUCAAAGAUGUUUCUCUAGGUGCAAAAUCCUACCCUAAAAUGAAGGUAAGGAAGAAAUCAAAACUGCUCUCCGAGAUCAUUUUGACAGAUCCGCAACAACAUGACACAGUGGCAUCCAAUUGUAAGGCUGGAUUAUCCUCUAGAAAGGGUGCCUGCAAAAAAAGUAAGCCAAAGAAGUGUAAAAAGUUGUGUGUAAAGGAUGGUGGUGUUUCUAACUCAGCUACCGUUAAAAAUAAAGCAUCCAGUUCUGCAAAAAAUAGGUCUUUUGGUAAAUCAAAACCACUAAAAAAGAAGAGGCAACAAAAAGGUCAUUGCAGGUUACUUCUGCGAGGCGUGAAAAGGAGUGGUGGGAAACAGCCCUUGGAUGGAAAGUGGCCUGCUUAUGCUCCAAGAACAGUGUUGUCAUGGUUGAUUCAUUCCGGGACAAUUUCAACUAACGAAGUGAUCCAAUAUCGGGAAGGUCCACAAGGUUGUUUUGUUGUGAAAGAUGGCUCAAUUACUAGAGAAGGCAUAUUAUGCAAGUGUUGUGGUGAAGUGCUAUCUAUCUCCAAGUUCAAGAGUCACGCUGGUUGCAAGCUGAACCAUCCAAGUUUGAAUCUCUUCAUGGAAACUAGUAAUAAGCCAUUCAUCUUCUGUCAGCUUGAGGCAUGGUUAGCUGAAUACAAGGCUAAGAAACCAGAUCCUCAAGCAGCACAGCUUAAUGCAAUGGAUCAAAAUGAUGAUAGUUGUGGGCGUUGUGGUGAGGGUGGGGAGUUGAUAUGUUGUGAUAACUGUCCAUCUACAUUUCAUCAGGCAUGCUUGUAUGCACAGGAACCUUGAUGCUGCUUAUUUCUUAACUAAAUGCUUGUUUGAGGACUAUCUAACACACGAUGGCUAACAGAGAGAUAUUUCAACUUGGAACUUCCAGAAGGGAGUUGGUAUUGCUCACAAUGUGCAUGCCGAGAAUGCGGGGAUGUGGUAAAAAAUACUGAAGUUUCUGCAUUCACUAAUGCACACAAGUGUAUACAAUGCGAACAUCGAUACCAUGAGGCUUGCUUGAAGCAAAAAGGCAUGGAAUGUGGAGUUGCUUCUGAUCACUGGUCAUGUAGUGACCAAUGUGAGAAGGUUUACACCCAUCUUAAGUCUCUCAUUGGACUACCGAAUCAGCUAAGUGAUGGCUUCUCCUGGACACUUUUGAAGUGCAUCCCUCGUGACAAGAACAACCAUUCUGUCCAGCAGCUUCCUCCUUUUAAUGCAGAAUGCAACUCCAAGUUAGCAGUGGCUCUCACCAUUAUGGAGGAAAGUUUUCUUCCAAUGGUGGAUCCUAAAACGGGCAUAGAUAUGAUACCUCAAGUGAUCUAUAACCGGAGAUCACAUCUUGGGAGACUGGACUAUUGUGGAUUUUAUACUGCUGUUUUAGAAGAUGAUGACAUUAUCGUGUCGGUAGCCUCAAUUAGGAUCCAUGGGACUAAGGUAGCAGAGUUACCUUUAAUUGCAACUUGCACCAAAUACCGCCGCAAGGGAAUGUGUCGUCGGCUAAUGAAUUGCAUAGAGGAGAUGUUAAAAUCAUUGAAGGUUGAGAAACUAGUGCUUUCUGCAAUUCCCAGUUUAGUGGAUACAUGGACUAUGAGGUUCGGCUUUGAACCCUUUGAAGAGAAUGAUAAAAGAAGCUUGAGCGAUAUAAACAUGAUGGUGUUUCCUGGAUCUGUAUGGUUAAAGAAGUCACUGUAACAGGCUCCCAAGACUUGCAAACGUAAAGGAGUAGAGGACUCUUCACCCUACUUUAGAGUGCUGAAAUUGAACUAAAGGCUGUGUGAUGGAGAGAGCUUUCAAACCAGACAAGCAGGCGCUGCCGAGGAUCUUCUUUUGGUGAAAGGCGAAAGGCUGCUGCACGUUGAAUUACCAAAUCACUCCACCGAAGACCUGACUUGUCACUGACCAGUUGUCAUGGAGGAAGCAAUUGUAUGUGCAAUGCAUGGAAAUAUUUGGAGAAGCAUUUCAUCUUAAUUAAAUUGUAGAAAGAACAUCAAUGAUAGGUUGAGGGCCUAUUCAGAUUUUUUUCCAUCAUAUGGGGGGAUCUAGGGGAGUCAAGUGCCAGCUUGUGAUCUCGGCAGGUAUUGUUAGAGCAUUUCCAGCAAUUAACUAAUUACCCUCAUAAUUUGGCUAGCCACAUAAACAUGUGCAGCAAAAUUAAAAUGUAUUACAAUGAUUAGCUAUAACGUUUUUCUAUUCAUUAUUAUUAAUAAUGUUAUAUUAAUAAUUCUCUUUGUUCAA